UGGGGCUGGUGGCUCCUUCCAUGUCCCUCCUCCCUGCAGGGCACUGUGGCGCUAUGGCGGCCAGCGGCGACAGGCCAUGAGGGCCGAGGCCAUGGUGAGGGCCAGGGGCUGCCCGCUAGGAGUGUCAGCCCUGAGAACAACAUGAACUUCAACGUCUGGAACAUCAAGGAGAUGCUGAGCAUGCCAACAGCCAUCGGGCCUAGCAAGUGUUCCAUGAGGAGCGGCACUGCCAGUGACUACUCAAGUUUGAGUGACUCUCAGCUGCUCUUCGGAUCCCAGUUCUGCCCGGAGAAUGCACAGUCGGCAACGGCGCUGCUGGAGCUGGGCUCGCAGCCGGGACAGCAAAACUCCCAGGACAGUGAGCCCAGUAUUUUUACCAAAUACCAGACAAAACCACAGUUAUUUGAUGAAGAAACAAGAGAAAAAGGUUUACCUAAUUUUAGCGCAGGAAGAAAGAAAAGUAUCUUGGAAAAUUUUGAAGCGAAUAAGAACAAAAUAAAGGAAAAAUAUGACCGUGAGGUCCUAAGCGCCUUUAUUUCCAGUACCAAAGACAAGCUUCAAGGGCUGCAAGCGUGCUUGGACAAAUUUGAAGAAAUGUCUGAUUCCAGAUACAAAUCCAUUUUGGUUCACCUAGAAACCCUUUCCAAGAAAAUGGAAGAUGCUUUUCAAAGUCACUGUGCCUCUGUAUUGAAAGCUCUGACAGAUAAAAGCCAAAUGGAGCAGGCACUGCUGGAGAUGGAGAGGAGACUUGCAGCCAAAGAUGUGGAGAUUUCAGAGGUGAAAUCCAGUGUCCAGCUGCUGAAAGAGGGUCUGGAGUCACUGCCAGCCCAGCUGAAUGACCACCACCUGAAGCUGUGUAAAGAACUAGACUUCCUGAAGCUCCCUAAAGCCUUAGCUGAGCAGCACACACUUGUGCCUAGUGCCAGACUGCCCCCUCACAUGAGAGAUAACUCUUCCCAGACCUCCCCUGGCCCGUGCCAGCUCCGUGUCCUGGAUGAGGAGCACCUGUACCAGCCAUGCUGCCGAGGCUGCAGGGUUUGCAGCUGCUCAGGCCAGUCUCAUUUCCACUGUGUGGCAGUGGGGGAGCAACACAGACGCUCCCCUGGGAGGAACCAGCUCACUGGGGAUGGCAUCUCUAAGGGUACAACCUCAGGAGGCAAAGCCAUUGCUUCAGAGGCCUGUGAUAGAGCAAACAUCUCUUUGCAGGAGGUGAAAUAUGGGUUGGAGACACAGAGCUGUCCUUGCACGUGCUGGGGUGACAGUCAUCUUUUCGGGGGCAGUCAGAAGAAGCACUGUCCUGUACCACUGGAAGCACCUCUACCAACCCCACUGAGGAAAGCAUUCAGGAGAGGCACUGGAGGGUUGGAAGCCCUGACACAGUCACAGCAGCAGCAGCCUCAAGGUUGCCACCACUCUGUAUGGAAAGCUCCACCUGGGCAAAGAGACAGCAACGGGUCCACAGACCACAAGGUGCACAAGGCAGCUGUAGGCAACAAAACAAAACAGAGUCCAGGAAGGAUCCCCUGGAAUAAAGCAGUAGGGAGGAAGAAAGUGUGCCCUGCUAAGAGGAAAGGUGAGCUCUCUCGAUGUGCUGACAGUGGGCUGAAGCAGAGAAAGGCAAAUGGGAUUAUUGAGUUGGAAAGCUCCAGAAAAAAAUGCCUUCCCAGAUACUUGGUUGAUCUCAAUUCAGAAAGCUCUGACCCGAUUUCUGCAGCUCGCCAUCAGCAGAUCCUCAGCAGUGCUCAGCCAGGGCUUACAAAAAAUUUUCCAUCAGUGCCAUGCUCUGAUAAAAGCCUGCAACAACUUGCAAGCAGAAAAAAGAAAAGUUUGGAAAUUAAAAGAAGAGUGAAUGUUUCCACUGUAAAAAGGUAUAUCUUGGAUUCCUCUCCUGAGGGGAAUAUAUUAUCCCUGUGUAGCACAACAGAUGUAGAGCAGAUGAGCUGCUUCAACCUCCGAAGCCCCCCAAGCUCCAAGAAACCACAUCCUGCUAAUCUGCUGGCUCAGAGGAACACAACCUGUUGCUCUUUACUGUUUGACAGUGAUUCUUCUGAUUGAAGGGGUCAUGUUUGGAGCCCUCAGUGAAGGCUUGGCCAUCUCAGUUGCAGUUUAUUCUUCUAGGGGUGUUACCUCCUUAGCCAGAGGCUCUAAAAUGUUAUUGCCCAGUUUGAGAUAUUUUAAGAGACUAUGUGAGGACAGUUCUCCCCUCUCUUGGAAAGCUGUGUUACUGUAUCUCCCUGCUCCCAAUAGAUGCCAAGGGAUCCAGUUACCACCGUAUUUACACACCUGCAGAGUCUGCUGAGACAUUCCCAGGGAGGAGAGAGUUGGCAGAUCACAGACGAGCAGCUCAGUCAGAUUUGGCACUGAGAUUUACUGGAAACUUUUCAACUUUUCCAUGUAAUGCUAUCUCUGUGGUCAGAGGCUUCACUCUGUUUCUCAUCCAUAGUCUCUAUGUUGGUUUGUUUUGUAAAAGUUCAGGUUUUUAGUUCUGGAGGCAGUAGUAGUGUUGUUCUGGUUGAUUUCGAUAAGGUUUGGAUUUGUCCCAGGAGUUGUUUGUGUUUG